AUGUGGGAAAACCAAGCGCCCGCCUCCACGCCCGCCCCACGCCCCCACGCCCGCCUCCACGCCCGCCCCCACGCCCCCCUCCACGCCCGCCCCCACGCCCCCACGCCCAUCAUAACAUUUCCUCUGCGCCGCCCCCAUGCUACAGAGGCUCAGGUGGGCGCUGGUGUGGGCCCCCAGCAGCAGGUGUGGGCCGCAGCAGCAGGUGUGGGUCCCCAGCAGCAGGUGUGGGCCUCCAGCAGCAGGUGUGGGCCCCCAGCAGGUGUGGGCCCCCAGCAGCAGGUGUGGGCCCCCAGCAGCAGGUGUGGGCCUCCAGCAGCAGGUGUGGGCCCCCAGCAGCAGGUGUGGGCCUCCAGCAGCAGGUGUGGGCCCCCAGCAGCAGGUGUGGGCCUCCAACAGCAGUGUGGGCCCCCAGCAGGUGUGGGCCCCAGCAGCAGGUGUGGGCCCCCCCAGCAGCAGGUGUAG